ACAAAAAUUUUAUGUUGAAGUUUUUCUGCAUGCAAUAAUUGGCAACAUUGUUUGGUAAUUUGAAAUAUAUGAUGGCCACAUCUUUACAGUUCCUCCAGAGGUCGGAUUGAAAUAAUACAAUUUUUUUGCAAGAUCUUUCACAUCUUUUUUCAACAUAUAUCCAUAAAAGAUCCUUGUUUGAAUAUGUUGCGUCGUGUGGGUGAAGAAGUAGAUAUUCUUACCUGCCCUUAUAACCUAUCGCAUCAGAUAUUGCGUUGCCGUUUUCAAGUUCAUCUAGUUCGUUGUCGAAAAUCGCAUCCAGACGCCAAAAAGGUUGUGUGUCCCUUCAACGUGACACACCGGGUGAAUGAACAAGAGUUGGAUUGGCACGUAAGCACCUGUUCAAAUCGUCAGUCAUUUGAAGUUUUUAAAAGUAAUGACUCGCAUGCAUCUGGAUCAUCAAUGUCCACUACCUUUAAUGACAAUGGAACAGAAGCAAAUUCAACUUGGCAAACUGCAAAUACUUCUUUUGAACUGGAAACAUCCCAAAAUUGGGACGAUCUGCCAAGUGUACCAUCAUAUGAUCCUAAAGCAUAUGCUGAAAAAGCAAAUGUAUUACGACAACCUGUUGGAAUGAAACCAUCAGAAAGAGUUGCAUUUCGUAAUGCUGAACGCAAACGAUUGCAAAACUUAUAAUUUCUUUAGAGGAAGUGCAUUAUUUACAUAAGACAUAAUUUCAACAAACAUUUGAUUUCGUUUUGAAUUACCUGUAUUAUAUUUGGAAUUUUUGAGCUUUAACUUAAUAAACCUACCUACAAAUACA